GUAUUUUUUACUUAUAAGUUUAUUAAAAUUGAUUUAAUAUUAAUUACUAAGUUAUUAUUUGGCGCCAUGUGCCUGCAACUACUGUGUUGACUUUAAUAAAAUUAAUCUACAUACUACAUAACUAUUAAACGUUUAUUACCAUGUCUGAGGAAUGGCAAGAGUACGUUAAAGAUCCUAGAACAGUAUGUAAAUAUGGCAUCAAAUGUUACCAAAAAAAUCCAGAACAUCAUAAACAGUAUAAGCAUCCACCUCAAUUAAAGGCGAAUAAAAAGCAAAGACAUAAUCGUUUUCAACCUUAUAGUAAAGCGAAAGCUCAAGAUGUUACUCGAAAUUCAAAGAAAGAUGUCAAAAACAUACAACAAGAAAAAGUUGAUAAAGUUGAUAGCCUUCCUUCAGCCUCUAUAACAGUACAAAACGACGAGGAUAAAAAGGAAACGAGUGAUAAAACUCACAUUGAUUCAGAUUGCACUGUUUCAUUCUACGACAAAGAUGAAGAUCACAGUAUACUAAAAGAAUGCUUUUUAGUAGAAAUGCCACCAGAUUUUUACAAAUUUUAUGAGUGCCUUACUAGAGAAUCCGAUUGUGUUGAAAAAUUAUUAGAAAGUGUCAACUUACAACUUAUUGGUCCUUAUGAGUUGUUUUUGAAUAAAUUACCAAAAUUAAAAGAUAAAAAUUUGUAUUUGAUACACUGGAGAUUUUUUUAUGAUCCUCCUGAAUUUCAGGCUGUUUUAAAAAAGAAGGGUAAAAGUGAAUUCCACAUUGGAUAUUAUAGAGACAAUCCCAAAGAAAAACCAGUAUUUCUUGCCAAAAAUGAUAGUGCAGUAGAUUAUAUUAUCACUCCUAUAUCUGAGAACAUAUUUGGAGCAGUGUACUGGUUUUUACAAAAAGAAAAGAAAACUUCACCCUUUAUUUCUAUGGCUUGCCAAAAAUUGAUGGAAAAGGUCAAGGGUUGGGCUGAGGAACACAGCUAUUCAUUAGAAGAAUUCAACAUGAAGAGUAGAUUAAAAAAUGUAGUCUGUCGAACUUUUCACAGUGCUGGCAUUGUGGUGCCAUAUGAUAAAAAAACACAACUAGGCUACAGGAAAUUAGCAGAGAGUGAUGCAAAUAUGAAAAAAAUGUUCAAAAAAUUAUCAGAAGCAAAGUCUCAGGAAGAAAAAGACAAAAUAUUAUCAGAACUUCAACCAGUAAUAACUUAUGCUAGCAUAGCAAUGGAUGAAUGUGACUUUGGAACUGGAUUAGAGGCAGGCAUAGCUUUUUUUUGCUCAGGCUUAGAAGAAUUACAAACCAGUGCAUUAAAGAAUCUUGAUGUUGCUUAUGCAUUACUACAAAGAGAAGCUUUUGGGAAAAUAAUUAAGGUGCAUAUGCGGCACCGUCGCAAGGGUCCAGAUAUGUCUGCGUUGAAUAUUUAAUAUUAGUAUUAAUUUUAUAUAAGUUUGGAUGUCUGUCUUUUAAUUUUAACCUGACAUGACUCUUUAUUUAAGUUUUUAUUUUAACGACGUCUGCCUCAAAUAAGUUACGGAUUUACGUGUUGUAGUGGCGCCAUCUAUCUCCAGCGUUUGAGAUAAAUUGUCAAAAAGUCCAAAAUACGUGUUUCUUCAACUAUAUUAUGAUUUUGUCGCUCUCUGCAACCCUCUCGUUUUUUUUUAGGCCUAGAACCACCGUAACAUCUAAUUUUGAUAAACUUAUAAAAACAAACAAGUAAUUAUAAACUUUAACUAAUAUUAAUUAAAAUUUACAAUUGCUUGUGUUGAUGGCACUUGAUUUGUGAGAAGUCCACUUUGUCAAGACAUUGUAAGUCAUUAUUGAAUUUUAUAAAAUAUCAUCCAGA